AUGACUUAUCUGUGGAGGAGAACACUCCUUCGCCCCCCCUGGCAUGGGAAAGGCCUAAACAGAGUUCUGCCAAAUGGGGAGAAGAAAGCAGCAUUCACGUCCUUCUUCCAACAAAAAAGGGAAGCCAUAAAAGAAACGGAAGAAUCUUACAACUUGGAAGAAGCCUUCCUAAGACGCAUUUCAAAAAUGAAUAACAGUGCGUUGGCACACACAUGUGAAGAUAUUAACAAACGAAAAAUGAAUAACCAUUACAUGUGGGAGUUAGUUCACGACAGAGUCAGAGCAAUUAGAAGCUCCUUCAGUGCAGACGAGUUGGUUGUUAUGCUGCAUGCCUACUGUAACAGCUUAUCGUUCGAUCCCAAUUUUACCCAUUUGAUAAAGCUAUUUUGGGACUUGUUGGAAGAUAAGCUAGAGGGUCUGGAUCAUUUAUCCCAUAUAGCUCUCUACUACUGUGCGGAGAAAACAAAAAAUGAAAAAAAAAUGGAGCAAAUUACUGCUUUGCUUCAAAAUGCGCUGCUAAAGAAUGGAUCCCCCUCCCAGAUGAAGCUCACGGAAAGGGGGCUACACAUUAUUUUAAAAAUUUUUUGCAAGAACGAAAAGUUAGUGAUCCAAAAGGAACAUGUCGCAGCUGUUGGGGAACUUAUACAAAAGGUGGAUGUGAAGGAGGUGCAAAAUGUAUUGCUAUGUCUGUUUUUCUUUUUUAAAUAUGGCUCUUUUGAUGAACCUUUCCUUGCCAUUUUAAAAAAAAUUCAGGAGUUACUAAUUUUUAAGAAGAUAAAUCCGUGUACUGUUUUGAAGUGCUUGAGCGUUACGCCGAAGCUUUGCAAUGACAAUGCCGCCGCGCUGCAUGCAGUUCGGAGCACAUUAUGCGUUGCUCACUUGGCGCAGCGAAUAAUCACUGGGGGGUAG